AUUUCCCCGCGACAACCUCGCCGUUUUUUUAUUCUUAAUUCAAAAGUGCCAAAAGUGAGAUAAACAAAUUUUUGUGCUUUAAAGGAUAUUUUCCAUAGUGAUAGUAAAUACUAAACAAACUAUACCCCCAUUUUCCCAUUUAGUGACAGUGACAAAUACUUUUAGUAGUUCUAGUCUAGUAGUUUAGUUGGUAGUUUUAUUCAGUCGUAGCUGAAAAGAGUAUUCCCUACAAUAGUAGCUAAUUAAUUUCAAAAGUAUCUGAUUCAAAUUGAUACUUCAAUAAUUGCUAGGUGUAUGUUGUGUUGAGAAUAAAUUAAAGGCAGGCGGAGUCGAAUUGAAAUCGGACGAGAGUCUGAACGAAGGAAAAGGGAACGGCUCCAGAAGAAUGGACUGGCAAAAGUCAAGGUUAAAAUAAAGGAACCCGACAAAAGAAGCAAAAGAGAGCGAAAGGGUUAAAAAGGCAGGAAGGAGAAGCAGAAGAAGAAGAAGAAGAGAGGAGAAGAGAAAUGUGUACAGAAACUACCAUCACCAUCACAACAAUACAAGUGUUGAUGCAGAAAACCACAAAGAAAAAGAGUUUCUAAAAAAAAGAGUUCUCUAACAAUAUAAGAGAAGAAGGAGGUUCUCCGCAUCGAUCAUCAUUCAUAUUUAAUGGUUUAUACAAAAUGUUCCAGUUCAACACGAAAAGAAAAAAAAUUACCAUGCAUAUAAAGUGAUAAUGAUUGGUGACGAAUCUUCAAUUAAUAGCAAUUUCAUAUAUUCUUUUAUUCAAUACGAUUAUCAAGGAUGUCCUGCAGGAGGAAAAUUGAUUCUAAACUUUGGCUGGAAUACAUCCAGUCGAUGGAAACUGAAGUGCGGGUUUUGAACCAAGAUCUGGUCCGCACUCAAGAAGCUUUAAGAGCAGCGACGAAAAAAUGUAGAGACCUGGUUAGAGAACUGGACAAUAGAAAUAGUAAUCAAGCAUCGGAGAGGAAUCUUCGUGAUCAACAAUUAUCAAGAAUUCUUCGAGCUUUACUUGUUCUUGAGUCCCGUUUGAAACAGGAACAAAAAUCAAUUAGGCAAUUGCUUUGCGAGAAGGAUAAUGUCAUCAGGAAUCAACAAUUGGAAAUUGCAAAACUCCGACGUUAUACAAAAAAUUAUAUCAAAGGCAAACGUGAUCUCAGUUUAGGUCAAUCAAUAAAUGUCGAGGAAUCGAUUCCAACUGAGAAAAAUUCGUCUAAUUUUCAGGUCGACGAAUAUAAUGGAAAGCGAGACAGCAGUUUAAGUAAAGACAUUGAGAAUUUAAAAUGUGAAAUAAUCACAAAAUUAAAUGGUUCUAAUUCACAAGAAAUUCACGAUGAUCAUUCACGUGGUAUAACGAAAACACACAGUUUUGCCGGAAGUGAUAUUUCAAAGACAAGUUUGACAAGCAGUGAAAAUACUGAUGCCUCGAUUAUUACAACAACCACCGAGGGGAGUCCAUCUUUAUUGAGUACCGAGGGUUUUUGUGAAGGUGAAAGUACCGAUGUCUCACCGGGUUCAACAUUAAAUAAAUCCAGUAGAUGUACACCGACAACGGUAACAGACAGCGAGAAUGAAACAAUGACAAUAUUAGAUGACGACGAGACAAUGAUGAACGAUGAGGGGAGUCGAUUUUCAAAAAGAAGAUUUGGCGUUUUAAGAGGAAAACCAUUGAAAAUUGGUUCAUCGCGUAUUCACGAGUUACCAAAAAUAAUCAGAACUGAAAGCACUGAUGAUGGAAUGGAUUCGAAUUUUGUUUCUGACGAGGAGGAGAGACAGGAGCCAAUUUAUGUUAACUCGUGUACAGAAAAUAAUGUUAGAAAUUUACAAGGAGCAAUUAGAACAAAUGAGGAUUGUAGUAAUAAUAAUAUUAAUCUAAUAUCAAAAAUCGAGCCAGAGGAACAGAAUCAGGAGGAUACGAGUGGAAAUUGGUACAGCGAUCCGGAUGAGGACAGGAUAAGCGACGACGUCUUUAGACACACAACAUAUCGUCCAAAUGGCAAUCACAAUUCCGUUCUUGAAUGCGUUAAUCAAAUUCUUCUCAGGGAUAUGGAGGAGGACGAGAAAGUUCUCUCAAUUCCAAGACGAUUCAAGCAUCGUGGGAAAAUCGUUCGUUUCCAACCGGCCCGACUCUCAGACAUUGAAUCAGUUGGAUCCGAGAUGGAAAGGCGAAAUUCCGAGGAAACACCAAUUGACAGUGAAGUGACAAACGAAAUCGAACCAUCAGAAAAUGACACCGAAUCACUAGCAUUUGAUCCAACAGCAUCCGAGGACGAAUACGGAAUGAGAAUCGAAGAAUCAUCAUCAUCAUCAUUAUCAUCAACACAAUUAAUUGUCAAUACAAUUGAACCCGAAUUAACAAUCGACGAGAAUGAAAAACCCCGACCAAUUGUCAUCAUAGAACCGAAAAUUGAACACGAAGAAAAUCAAAAGAAACAAAAACAACAACAACUCUCCUUUGUCCUUCCACAAAAAGUCAAAGGCUCACCAAAUUUAAGUCCAACAGUAAAAAUGGAAAGAAUUGAGGAAAAGACAUGUCUUCAAAUGUCAUCAAAGGGUUUAACAUUAGCCAAGAAUCUCGAUUACGAGGACAUUGAAUCAUUGCCCGAUGUGAUAUCAUCACCGCCGCCACCACCAAAGACACCACCCGCUCUACCACCAAAGCCACAAUUUAUGAAUAAUACUCUUGUCUUGAAAAAAAUACCAAGUCCAUCGUUCUUAAUCGAUGAAACGAGAAAGAAGACUGUCCCUGAUGUUGAGCAAGGAAAAAAUCUCUUUCCCUUUUCAUCGCCAAUUAAAACAACCUCGGUGAAGAGUCUGAAAUUUGAUGACGAUUCCAGUGGCAGUGAAUCAAGUCUUUGGAAAAAUCGUUUCAAUAACGUGCGUUCUUCAUUUAAAUCAAAACAUUCACCGAGUAAUAAAGAUGAGCAGAGAAAAAUUCCAAGGGUUACGAAUAUUGUUAGGCAUUUCGAGGAAUUUAAAAUCGGAGGCGAGAAUGAGGAGAGACUCAGUGAUCGAAUUAAACCAAGAGAAAGACACGUGCUUGUCUCACAAUUCGACGAGGACUUUGACAUUAGACAGAAUUUUGAGGAAUUCAAUUUGGACGAUUGUGAUCUAUCUGACGAUCCAGAUCGACCGGAAGGCGAUGGUUCAGAGACCUUAACGACCGUUGGCGUAAUUAGCGGCCAAACUGAAAACACAUUAAGAAACAAGGAUAAUAAUAAUAUCGUGAUUCCAAUCGAUAACGCAAAUAAUGGCUACGAUCAUUUCUUGGAAGCUACGGGACUCAGUACAAAAUCAAUUUUAACACCGUCGCGUCUCCUCAGCAAUCAUAAAAGUAUGCUCAAGCCAAAAGACAUAAAAUACAAAAAUAUGAUAAAAUCAAAUGCAGUUCUGGAAAAACAUGGACCAAGUCAUACGCACGUUAGACAUUGGACUGGGCCGUUUGUUUGACAGUGCGCCAAAAAUAAUUUGCCAGUCGAAUCUCAAAUUCGAGGAAAAUCGCCUACGAGACGGAAAGAUUCUUCUUAGCACUAAUUGUAAACGUUUAAUUCACGAUUUAGAAGAAAUCACCUUUUAGAAUAGUACAAGAAAGAAAUUCUUUUAAAAAACAUUCUUUUAAAAUAAUUCUUUUAAAAAUGAUUCUUUUAAAAAUCAUUGUUUUUCUUUUAAAAUCUCUCGAUUUUAUU